UUCUGGCUCUUUCGUCUCUUGGACGGACUGACGCUAGAGCUCUUCUCUCGCCCUUAGCCAAACUUACUUUCCCGCCUACAAAAAACUUCAGCUUCACUCUCCUUCGCCCCUCCGCUUUUUUCCACUCCUCUUCCCCCUCCUCUCCCACGCCAAAAACCCACCUCCCCAUUCCUCUCUCCCAUUCUCUCUUCCCUCCACGGGACCCCCCCCCCCCCUUAACUCUUCUUCCUUCUUCACCUCAGACCCAGUCCCUGCGCGCCGGCAGGACUUGGUCUCUUGUUCCAGAUCUCGAAGUCAUGGCAGGACCUGGGAAUUGGAGGGACAAGGAGGUGACAGAUUUGGGCAACUUACCGGACUCAACUGGAAUAUUGUCAUUAGAUAAAACCAUUGGUCUUGGUACUUAUGGAAGAAUCUAUUUGGGACUCCAUGAUAAGACUGGCUCUUUCACAACUGUUAAAGUAAUGAAUGCCUGGAAGACUCGUUUGCCCGAAAUAGGAAAGCAGGUGAGAGUGAAUAAAUACCAAAAAUCUGUUGGGUGGAGAUACAGUGAUGAAGAAGAGGAUCCCAGGACUGAACUCAAUCUGCUGAGGAAGUACUCUUUCCAUAAAAACAGUGUGUCCUUCUAUGGUGCAUUUUUCAAGCUGAGUCCUCCUGGACAUAGGAGCCAACGUUGGAUGGUGAUGGAGUUAUGUACAGCAGGCUCAGACACUGAUAUAGUGAGGAUGACAAGAAAUCAAAGUUUAAAAGACGAUUGGAUUGCUUAUAUCUGUGGAGAAAUCCUUCAGGGCUUAGCUCACCUUCAUACUCACCAAGUGAUUCACCCGGACAUCAAAGGUCAAAAUGUGCUGCUGACUCGUAACGCUGAAGUAAAACUAGUGGAUUUUGGAGUGAGGGCCCAAGUAAGCGGAACAAAUGGAAGGAGAAAUAGCUUCAUUGGUACACCAUACUGGAUGGCCCCGGAGAUGAUUAAUUGUGAUGAGGACCCAAGACUCUCCUAUGGUUACAGAAGUGAUGUGUGUUCUGUGGGAAUUACUGCUAUUGAAAUGGCUGAAGGUGUUCCUUCUCUGUGUAACCUUCAGCCCCUGGAAGCCUUUUUUGUUAUUCUACAGGAAUCUGUUCCCACCAUCAAAUCCAGUGGAUGGUCCUGUAAGCUUCACAAUUUUAUGGAAAAAUGCAUGAUAAAAAAAUUUUUAUUCCGUCCUACAUCUAGAAGCAUGCUUCAUCACCCAUUUGUCCUUGAUAUAAAAAAUGAACAGCAUGUUGUGGAGUCAUUGAUAAAGCAUCUCACUGGGAUCAUUAAGAAGCGACAGAAAAAAGACACACUCCCGAUCUUUGAAAGAGAAGCAGCUAUUAAGGAAUUGUACACCACAAGGAGAUUCCGAGGAACUUCUUGUGCUCAUGAACUUUUGACUAUGCCAACCAGCAGCAGAUACAGACCACUUAUAUUCCUGCAUGGAGAAGCACCUCAGCCAAGGUGGUUACCUGAUCAAGAAGAGCCAUAUGUCCACGCACUUCAGCAACUGAGAGUGCCCAUGCCUCUACAUGCUCAGGACAAUACACCCAAGCCUUUGCAGAUACAGGCUCUGGCACCAGGGUGCCUGUAUGAGGUAGUUCAGGUAUUCAUGCCACUACAGAUGCAGGUUAAAGCUAAGGCGUCUACACUUCUACUCAUACAGAUUGAAGCACCUCUCCAACUAAGGAGAGCAGCCAGGGUGCACAUGCCCCUACCUACUCAGGAAAAAGAACCAGAGGUACAGGCCACCAUACCCAAAGAACAGCAGGCCCAGUCCGCGGCCUUAGGAACAGAACAGCCUAAAGAUUUGGACCAGGUGCCAGAAGAAUUUCAGCAGCAAGAUAGGGCAUCUGAACAAGAAAGGCAGGGCCAGGCUGCAGAACAACAGCAGAGGCAGAAUCCAGCUCCUGAGCAAAACAGAGCACCUGAGCAGCCUGAGGUUCAGGAACAGGCUGCUGAGCCUCCACAAGAUGAGAUUGAGGAUAAGGAACCUGAGUUAGUACAAGUACAUGCCCAGGUGGUCUUGCCUUUACUGUCCCAGAACCAUCACGUGCUCUUGCCACUUCAUUUGGAUACACAGCUGCUAAUUCCAGUGGGAGAACACAAUGAAGAGGCACCUCAAGCACAGGCCUGGGCUCUAGAAACCUCACAGGCAGUUGGUACAAUUCAAGCACUGAUAGAGGGACUUUCAAGGGACUUGCUUCAAGCACCAAAUGCUUGUAUCUCGAAACCACUUGGUCCGCUGCAAAUCUUGAUGGAAAAUUUGGCUUCAAAUGUAUUUUAUACUCAACCAGAACAGACACGGAAGAAAAAGUCAAGAGUUUCUAGUCUAAAGCAUGCACUGGCAAAAAGACUCUCACGCAAGAGGUUCAGGGCAAAGUCAUUCUGGAGAUGUGAAGACUUUGAACUCUCAGAUUUAGAAGCCGGCAGGAGAAGGCGCCAGCGUAGAUGGGAGGACAUCUUUAAUCAACAUGAAGAGGAACUAAGACAAGUUCAAAAUAACAGAGAAGAUGACUCAUCAGAUAAUGAUGAAGUGUUUCAUUCAAUUCAGGCUGAAGUCCAAAUAGAGCAAUACGCUCAAAAUCCUACAGGAAAUGAGGUCCAAGAGAGAUCUGCUCCCAUCGUUUGCAACCGGGAUCGUACUCAUCGUGUGAAAUUUUCUCCAAGUGUCUGUGAGCAGCCUGUUUUGGAAGAAGUUCAGCAGCCCAUGGAAAUUAGACAGGGGAGUUCUCUAAAUCCUCAGAAUGGCCAAGCAGAAUCAGAAUCAUCUUCUGAGGAGGAGAGUCCUGUGACUAGGAGGAAGUCUCAGUCAUCACCGCCUUAUUCUACUAUUGAUCAGAACUUACUGAUUGAUAUCCACGUUCCGGACGGAUUUAAAGUGGGAAAGAUAUCACCCCCUGUAUACUUGACAAAUGAUUGGGUAGGCUAUAAUGCACUCUCAGAAAUCUUCUGGGAUGAAUGGUUAAUUCCUGAACCUGUCAUUCAGCCACCUGAAGAAGAUGGUGAUUAUGUUGAACUGUAUGAUGCUGAUGCUAAUACAGAUGGUGAGGAAGAAGAUUCUAAUGAUGCUUAUGAAGAGAAUAGUGACCAUGACAAUGAUGAGGAUGGCUUGAAUGACCAGGUUGACGAGGCAAAUGCCCAUGAAGACCAUGCCGAUGGUGACUUCAAUGAUGGCUCUGUUCAUAACAUAGAUGAUAAUGCUGGUGCUGUUAACAAUGAUCCAAGGGCAGAAGAUUACAGAAGAGGAAUCUUGAAGCAAGCUGGUGGUGGUGAAUGUGAAUCUUUCAGAGACUGUAGAAAUGAUGGAGCCAAAAGUAACUGUGGAAACACUGCCAGUGGAGCGAGUGCAGCCUUUGGAAACCAGGAAGGACAUGGAGCCAGUAUGGGCAAUCAAAGAGGUAACAGGGGAGUUAAUGGAAACAGCGAAGAGAAUGGAGCCUGUGGAUUCAAUAGAGAAGGAACCGACUCACAAAACAAUGGCCCGGGACUGGCUCAACAGGAUUUUGGUCAUGAGCAAGAGGAAUCAGAUGGUGGAACUGAGACCUUGAACUCAAUUGCCUUGGGUAAAAGAUCCCUAGCACACAAUGUAUAUGCUGGAUUUGUUGAGGUGCCUGAAAACCCACCUCAGCUAGCAUCUGAAGUCAAUGUUAACCCACUCUAUGUCUCUCCAGCAUAUAACAAACCACUAAUCCACGUGUAUGAAAAGGAGUUCACUUCUGAGAUCUGCUGUGGUUCUUUAUGGGGAGUCAAUUUAUUGCUGGGCACCCGAACUAGUUUGUAUCUGAUGGACAGAAGUGGAAAGGCAGACAUCAUUAAACUUAUAAAGCGAAGACCAUUCUGCCAGAUUCAAGUCGUGGAGCCACUCAAUUUGCUGAUAACCAUCUCUGGACACAAGAACAGACUUCGAGUGUAUCAUUUGACUUGGCUGAGAAACAAGAUUCUGAAUAAUGAUCCAGAAAGUAAGAAAAGGCAGAAAGAAAUGCUGAAGACUGAGGAAGCCUGUAAAGCUAUUGAUAAGUUGACUGGCUGUGAGCACUUCAGUGUCCUUCAACACGAAGAAACCACAUAUAUUGCAGUUGCUUUGAAAUCAUCAAUUCACCUUUAUGCAUGGGCACCAAAGUCCUUUGAUGAAAGCACUGCUAUUAAAGUGUUUCCAACUCUUGAUCUUAAGCCAGUGACAGUUGACCUGGCUGUUGGAUCUGAGAAAACACUGAAGAUUUUCUUCAGCUCAGCUAAUGGAUAUCAUAUCAUUGAUGCAGAAUCUGAAGUUAUGUCUGAUGUGGCCUUGCCAAAUAAUAAUCUCGUCAUUUUACCUGAUCGCUUGGGAAUUGGCGUGAUGCUCACCUUCAAUGCUGAAACUGCUUCUGAGGAAGCAAAUGAACAACUCUUGAGGAAGAUCCUUGACGUGUGGAAAGACAUACCAUCAUCUGUAGCUUUUGAGUGCACACAGAGAAUCACUGGAUGGGACCAAAAGGCUAUCGAAGUGCGCUCUCUGCAGUCAAGUAUUCUUGAAAAUGAGCUGAAGCGCAGGUCAAUCAAGAAAUUGCGAUUUCUGUGUGGCCGUGGUGACAAGCUGUUUUUUGCUUCUAUACUGAAAAAUCGCCACAGCCGAGUUUACUUUAUGACCCUUGGAAAACUUGAAGAGCUCAAAAGAAAUUAUGCUGUUUAAAAGGUUCCAGUGAUUUACAACAUUUAUAUCAAAUACGUUUAUACCAAUGCCAUUGCAUCUUACCGUUUGAGUUUUAUCAUUAGAGAACAGUUUAAUCAAAAACUUUUAAUGUAGCACAGAAUAGCUGAGAAAUCCAGCUUUAUAAAUAAAAUUAACUAUAGCAAGCUCUAUGUACUCCAGUGGUGUACAAUAUGUUUUGCACAACCUCUGUAACUUUUGUUACUGUGAAUUCAAACAUUUCUCUUAGGACACUUUGGACACUAUCUGUAUUCAGAUUUACAACAUGGAGUAAAGAAACCUGUUAUAAAUUACUUUAUCAGUGACUUUCAAAAAACUUGGCCCUAAAUAAGUUUUCCAAAAGAAAAAAAAAAUAUGUCCAUUAAUUUUCCAAGCAAAAGUUAGAUUAAUAGACAAAAACCAUAAUGGCUUUUAUAACCCAGACUAAGGUUGAACAACCUGCAUUCAAAAAGAUAAUUACAGGCAUCAAGAGUGAUAUGCCACCAAUUCUUUUUCAUAAUAAAUCCACAGCUGGAGGCCAGUUGUGAAUUUUUUCUGUCCUUUGUUUAACUGGUUUUCUACAUAUAAAAAGAAAACCUCAGAUGCUUGGUACUUCCCCCCACCCCCAGCAGCCCCAAAUAUGUGCAAUAGCUGUUUAUACAAAGUACCAAACAAUAUCUUUACUAGCUUGAAUACAGGACUGAACUCCAAUACACAUGUACUGUAGAAAGUAUUUUUUAAUACUUCAAAGUAGGCGUCAAAUUCUGUCUCCAAAAUUGGCUGAGUUCUAAAUUUUAUUAUGUAGCCAACACUGUGAUCAUCAAACAGCACUAAGUAUUUUUCCACUUCUACAUUAAACUAUGUAAAAUGCCCUUCCAACUAUUAAACAGAGCAAUGCAUCAAAAUAAAAGGAACCUUGAUGGUUAAAAAUUAUAUUUUCAAAUUUUUAUUACUAUAAACUCAGAGAUUAAGGUAGUCAAGGUGAUAAUCUCAAAUUUAGAGUCAUUUGUUCCAGGUAUUAUAAAUUAGACAUUUUAGAAAAAUAUAACAUUCAUUGUAUAUCAAAGUCUGCAAGUAGUUAAAUCCAUGCCAGUUCAUAUCCAAAUAUUUUAUAGAUGCCAAAAUAGGAGAUAUUUGAACACCUAUGGUAACUGCUACCUGAUAAAAAAAAAAGGUGUGAUUUAUACCUAUCCAUCCUCAAUGCCAUGGUUAGUUCUGGGGCUAUAGUGAAAGCUACAGAACUUACCACAAAGUAUACCUCAAUAAGUCCUCUAGUUGUUCUAAAAUGUGAAGACUUUGCUAGCAGGAUAAUAAUUUUUAAACUACCUGGUUAACCAAAACAAAAAGCAGCUAGCUGACUGUGUGUGAUUUCCUGAUAGUAUUUCAUUUCCUGGCACCUUUGGGCUAGAAAUGAAGAUUUGGAUUUUCCCAAUGACUUCUGUCAAGAGUGUAAGUAACUCAGUGUUCAGAUUAUAAGAGAACCUGAAUCCACAAGUUAAAUGUGAUUCACAUUUCUGUUACUGUGACACACUAAUGUGAUCCUAAAACUGGCUUAUCCUUGAGUGUUUACAAUUCAAAGUUUUUAAGUUCAGUAGCUAUUUUAAAUAAGCAAAUUUUAAUGUCAAAUUAAUACCUUAGAAGUAGUUUUCUCUUAAAAUUAUUUGUACACCAAAAGCCCAUGGAGAACAGCGUGCAGGUACCUCAUCGCUGAGCAAAUGGAGCUUGCUAUGUUGGAGUUUCAGAAAUUUUUUAUCAUUUACGUAGUAUGUAGGAACAAGCCUUUUAAGAAUUAUUUUUUUCUUCACAAUAUUUACUCAAAAUUAUGCUCAUAAUACAUUUUAUCUUAAAAUUAUAUGUUUAAGACAAUAAGACAUGCACAUACACACACACACACACACACACACACACACACACACAACUAUUUUAACAACUCAGCUCCCAUUGUUUUCUGUGGCACUUAUUCCAGCAAGCACAGGAAAAAGCAAACAGAAUCUACAAUGUUGCCCCAAAGCAACUACACAAGAAAGAUUAUCAAUGAAUUGCUGGGCUUUGAAGGCUAAAAUGUUAAUGAACAAAAGAAACUUGGUACCUUGCAAGAAGAAAGGAGAUUUAAGCAUAGAGUGGCUGACUAUAAAAGAUUGAAAUAUUUGAAGUAGUUCACUAGUACUCAACAUCACUAAUGAGUAUUUCCCACUUAAGUGUAAAUCUUGUGGGGUAUUUUAAUAGCUUUUGGCACGUGAAACAACAAGGUGGGACAAUGUUAUUUCAUCCCCAUACUAUGUAAUAGAAGUGACAUAGGCCUUAUGCCUUAAAACAGUACUUGGAAGGCCCACUGCAUCAUAGAGCUGUGGAGAAGCAGCCCGCUGAACUAGAAGUAUGGUUUGAAGGGUGAACAUUUUGGCAGGUUUGAGAAGCACUGGUGAGAGUAUUGUUUAAUUUCAUUUAUUUGAUGGUUGAGAGAGAAAGCUAGGUUAGUAAAAGCCAUGCCUUCUAGCUGUAAAUUCCAUCCCCAGAAAUCACAUAAGAAUUCCAGUCAUGGUGAUGAAUACUUUCAAUCCCUGUGCUAAAGAGGGGUAAAGAAGUAGAUCUCUGGAGCUUGCUGGCCAAUGAGAGACGCUGUCUCCAAACACGUGGAUGGAUGGCAUUCCUGAGGAUGGCACUGAAUGUUAUCCUCUGCCCUCCUCCAUCUUCCCUUCCCUUCCUCCUUCCUUCUCCCCUACUUCUUCCCUUCCCCACCUUUUCCCUUUCCCCUUUCCCUCUCACACAUACACAUGACACAGGCAAAGAUACACACAGACACACACACACAAAUACACCCAAAACACAAUUCAUUCAUCUGAGAAGUCUCUAUAAGAUACAGAAUAAUGCAAAUGCUCUAAAUGGAAUCUUUUAAGUACUUUUGGAUUUGUUGCAAGAUAUGUUCCUGUUUGAAUCGUUUAUAUUCAAUUUGUAUUGAGUUAAUCUUUGAGACUAAUUGUUUGAUCAAAAACUCUGUAAUGAAUAAUUGUUUGGCUUCUUAAAUAAA